CAUUUAAUUACACUAAACCAAUUGAAUUAAAUUCAAAAUUAUGUAUUAGUUUGCAGGUUUUCAAGUGAUCUUCAAUUUGAUUUUGGUUACAAGUGAAGUUAGGCGCACAACCUAUACAAAUUUUAUUCCAAUCUUCAUGGGUUAAUUUUGACGUACCAAAUUAUAAAAAAAUGUUUUGAUUCAAAAUUAAGAAUUUUUAAACAACGAAUUCUCUGUUUUUCAUUUUAAUUUCUGUAUCAACUUUUCAUGUUUUUCUCGAAUCUCUUAUUGGUCCAAGUUCAUUAAUCAGCGAAACAACUGAGUACUGGUGAAGAUUAUAUAGUUUAAGUAAAAUAAAAAAAUACCUCAUUGAAAAUCGUAGGUCAUUCAAGUCCCACUCAAUCGCACUGCUACUUUUGAUAACUUACAAUGGAGUCGAGCACACCGGAAGAGAAUCCUGCAGAACCGGUACCGGAUGUGGCAGGUGCCGCCGAACCAGCUCAGCCUGCAGAACCAGAAGAAAUAUCAGCAGAAUUAGAAACAGAAAUUCACGAAAAUGAAAAUCAAGACACCGAAGGCGCUUCCUCCACUGCGGAUGACAUUAAUGAAGUGGAGAAUUCAUCCACUGAUGAAAGUAAAAGCAUAGAAGAGAAACUGCAAUUAAAGAAGAAACCUUUGACAUCAUCCAAAACAAAUAUGGAAAACAAAGACAAAGAUGGCGAAGGUUCGAUUCAAAACUCACCUUCUAAGGAAUUCAAAAAUAAGCAAAGUCAAACCUUUUUUAAGUACAUGAAAAACGUAACAGACAUCCGUUGCGUUCAGAUAAUGAACCAGGAAGUGAAUCAUGGGAACAGUGACCUGAUUUUCUACCGUUCAUCAAAGGAGCUGCUUAAGACCAUCGACUUCCUCGAGAGUAACAUCGAUUAGUAUUUAACUGAAAUUAACUUAUAUAUAAAAUCAUAGGCAAAUUUUGAAACACCCAGUAGAAACGAUACGUUUAACGUAGCUUUGUGAAAUAGUUUAAGGGGCCGCCGGCACGUCCUCCUUUGUCGGCGACCCGACGUGUUCCAGAUCGAAUCGAGUUAACUCCACAGUCGCUGAUCUCCCUCAACGAACGUUCAUAUACAUAUGUGGCUAUGUUCAAGCCGCUCUGAACCACCUUUGAACAGUGAUCCAACCAUCGUACAACGAUCGACCCGAAUGACUUGGCUGAAAUGAAUCGGCUGGAAAUGCCAGAGGUGUAGGCCAAUUAUUAAGUAGUGACUGCUCGUGUAGCACAGACGGUGAAUUUCAAGUAGGUGUACUACGUAAGAGGCCCACUUAAAGCAAAAUAGUUUCUGAGGAUCCGUAAAUUCUCUUCUUGUGGUGGCGCCACUGUUGUGGAUCUUCCCGUAAUUCUUGUUGGAAGCCUCAUCCUCGAGGCCUCAAAUAGUUUUCGAAGAUCCGUAAAUUACAGUGAACAUACUCGGAUGGCUUUGACGUAGAAUUUACCUUCACUCCGAGGCCCACUGCGCGCGCCGACUUGAGAGCUCAUGAACGAUUUAAGAAUUAACCGCUGGCGUUGGCGCUACCGUUGAGGCUGGCGAUGUCAUUGGCGCUGGCGUUGGUACGGUACGAGAUUGUUAUCAUCAUCAUAAUCAUAUUAAUAUCAUAUUAUCAUAUUAUAUCUUUUCAUCAUUUUAUGAACAUCAUCAUCUACAUCAUCUACGUUUAUCUACGUACAUAUAUAGCGUAUAUACUAUGCUAUAUCUACAAAUGUACCUUCCACAAUGUGAAAUUUGCAUCGUAUUAGGGUAUAUUAAUAAAAUAUAUUUCGCAAAUCUCCUAUAUCUGAAUUUGAAAUCUUGUAUCGUACAUCUCAAUGUUCUCCGUUGAUUACGCGAAGUGCGAGAUCUGUGGAUUUUUUUAGAAGUGUGCUUCGGUUCGAAUAAUUUCGAGAAGACGUACUUAACAUGACUUUUUUAAGGAAGUGAUAUGGAUUUUUUACUAAACGGAGGACUAAAGGGAGGAUAAAAAAACUUUAGCAAAACAAAUGAUUCUCUGAAUAUACUUCUCGAUGCCAUGAAGAAAUAUAUUUUUGAAAUCGUUAACAAUCGCUUGGGUGUAACGGUGUAACUCUGUAUUCUUUAAUAAAUAAACGAAUCUAGAAUCUAACCCUCUACCGCCAUCUCCGAUGGGGUGGAUCAACUAAAUUAGUGAUCUCAAAUUUCUACACAUUACCUAAGGGUGGUGUGGUACCUUGUGCUGAUAUUGACUGGGGUGUAUUGUGUAUUGACGUUGAUGAAAAUAGAGACUAGGGUGUUUCCGUGUGUCCUUUGCUGCGUGAAUCUGACAGACUGCGCCAUCGUCGAGGAUGCUGCCAUCUGUGAAUUAAAAAAGUUAUUAUUUCGUUAACGCAGAUCAAUUAUGCUCACUCAUUUCUCAGUUAGCGGUAACUGGUCAACUGUAAGAAACUGUAAGAUUUAGUCGGUACUAUUUCUUGAAGCAUUCAUAACGUUCAGUUUCUGUCGAUAACUAACUCUAUUGUCCACGACACCCUGUUUGACGUGACGCUCAACCUGAUAAGAUGCUUCAUCUAUUUAACCUCAAUAAACGGUAUUGUAUAGUUGUUACACCUAUAAUAACUACCAAUAAUAAAAAACGGCUGCUCGCCAAAUGUACCAACAUUUGCCAGGAAAACAGGAGCAUAUUAAAUAUGCUGUUAUUAUGCAAUAUGGGUGUCAUAUGACGUUUUUUGUUAUUAUGAUAGUAAUUUUUG